AUGUGCGAGUCCCUGGCGCUGGAGCUCAUUCCCUCUAACAUCUGCGUGAACGUGAGGUGCCCCGGCACGUGCGACACACCAAUGGGUGAGCGCCUAAUGCCUCUGAAGCACCAGCAGCCGAGGAGAACCUCGGCAAGGUCUUGCCGAUCGGGCGCCUUCAGCAUCCGCACGUGA